AUGGCUCUUCCUCCCGUGGGAGAAUACGCAUUUGCGUACGAUAUUGGCACCCGCGCGCUGGAGGACGAUCCUCCCAACGGUUACGGCCUAUAUAGAAGCUCGAUCUAUCUACAGAUACGACGUGCCGCGACGGCGCUGGGCUACCGCCGAGAGCAAUACUCUAUCUGGCAGGCUGUCAAGCCUGCCGCUGUUGUCUACGCGGAGUUCGUCAACCUUCUCUCCCAGGUCCAGCCAGCCGGUGUACUUCCCGCAUGUCUGCGCCGAGCUGAAAUCCUUCAUAUCCCGGAUCAAGUAAAGAUGAUUCUCAACCAGCAGAUGCGCCUCAGUGGUAUCUAUUCACCAUGGUGUGCGGGACCGACUCCUGCGGCUCUGGUGCCUCCAGGGAUGGGCGGCCCAUUCCCGCCCGUCCCACUGCCUGGCGUCGUACUCCCUGCGAUGCCAAAUAUGCAACCCAUCGCUCCGUGGCCCAAUCAGGGUCGACAGGACACCUUAUUUCAGGGCAUGCGGCCCUCCCAGGGGACAUGGAACACUGCCAAUUAUCGAGCCUGAGAUUGCUGGUACGAGUUCGAUUGUGGUCGAAACAACUCACUGGUUUCCGCCAGAUGGGUGAGUGCAAGUGAUGCGGGUGGUGCGGGCGGAAGAACAUUUGACUGCGUUCUGAGUACGGCUCUCCUUUUACAGUUCACUGCAUGGUACGUUAUGAACGUAGGUGGGGUUGAGGGACAUGCUGUAUUUUGGACGAAGUUUCUGUACGGAAUGGAAUGUGGUAA